CCCGGCUCUGGAGGCUGCUGAGCUUCACGGUGGCUCUGCCCGGGGUGGCCGUGUGCAUGCUGAACUGCUACCUGAAGGGACACCGGGAGCACGAGAGACCCGAGUUCGUCCCCUACGCUCACCUCCGGAUCAGGACCAAGCCUUUCCCCUGGGGUGACGGGAACAAAACUCUAUUCCACAACCCCCAUGUUAAUGCUCUCCCAACCGGUUAUGAAGAUGAAAACUAA